AUGGCAUCACCAGGAACCCAGCAUCUUGCAGCGUGGAGUGAGCAGCUGCAAGUGAGAGAGGAGGGUCAAGUCCUCUUCCUCCCAUGGUCUCCCAACCCUUCCCGGUGUUUCCAUCCCUACACCAGGCUCUUCUAUCGCUACCAGGACCUGGCCCCCCAGCUCGUCCCCCUCGACUACACCAGCUGCCCUGACGUGAAGGUGCCGUACGAGCUCAUCGGCACCAUGCCUGAGCUGAAGGACAACCCGUUCCGCCUGAGGAUUGCCCAGGUCUUCUCCGAGGAUGGGGACGGCCACAUGACCUUGAACAACUUCCUGGACAUGUUUUCUGUGAUGAGUGAAAUGGCUCCCCGUGACCUCAAGGCCUACUAUGCUUUCAAAAUCUAUGACUUCAACAACGAUGACUACAUCUGUAUGUGGGACCUGGAGCAGACAGUGACCAAGCUGACGCGGGGCGAGCUGAGCGCUGAGGAGGUGAGCCUGGUGUGCGAGAAGGUGCUGGACGAGGCCGACGGGGACCACGAUGGGCGGCUGUCCCUGGAAGACUUCCAAAACAUGAUCCUGCGGGCGCCCGACUUCCUCAGCACCUUCCACAUCCGCAUCUGAGGACCACGGAGGAGGAGCCGGGCCAGAGGAGGGCAGGGUGACCCUCCUCCCACUGUAGAAUCUGGACUCUGGGAAUAAACACAUCACUGAGUCACA